UGUCUCCCAACUCCGCACGGUCGGCUCGCACCAACUGCCCCCCACCCGAUCCCUCUCUCUCCCUCCUCCGCGGCGCCUCGCCGUCCGACGAGAUCUCGCCCGCCGCUCCCCGCCGGCCAUGGCCACGCGGAACCGGACGCCGCUCUUCCGCAAGUACCGCGACGCGCUGCGCCACGUCCGCGCGCCGGCCGGGGCGCCCUCCGCCUCCUCCUCCUCCUCCUCCCCCGGCGGCGGGCCGGCGGUGGUCGAGAUGGCCUCGCUGCUCCGCCCCGACCGCAACUACGCGCCCCUCAGCACCGACGACCCCUCCGCCUCCUCCAGUAGAGGUGCGGCGACGGUUGGGCUGCCACCAGCCUGGGUGGAUGUUUCCGAAGAGAUAUCUGCGAACAUGCAGCGGGCAAAGACGAAGAUGGCCGAGCUGGCUAAGGCGCACGCCAAGGCCUUGAUGCCGUCCUUCGGCGAUGGCAGAGAUGAUCAGCGAGCAAUUGAGAUUCUCACGCACGAGAUAACAGACCUGCUGAAGAGGUCAGAAAAGAAGCUGCAGAAGCUGUCCAUGAAAGACUCCUCAGAAGAUUCGAAUGUCAGAAAGAAUGUCCAGCGUUCCCUUGCUACAGACCUGCAAACUCUUUCGAUGGAGUUCAGGAAAAAGCAGUCAACUUAUUUGAAGCAGCUUCGCCAACAGAAAGAGGGGCAAGAUGGUGUUGAUUUAGAAAUGAAUAUGAAUGGGUCUAAGUCGACAUUUGAACUUGAAGAUGAUGAAUUUGAGGAUGUGGGUUUCACUGAGGUUCAGAUGUCAAAACUUAAGAAAAGCGAAGCAUUCACUAGAGAAAGGGAGAGAGAAAUCGAACAGGUUGCCCAAUCAGUCAAUGAGCUUGCACAGAUCAUGAAGGAUCUUUCAGUUCUUGUGAUUGAUCAGGGAACAAUUGUUGAUCGGAUAGACUACAAUGUACAGAAUGUUGCGGCCUCAGUCGAAGAGGGCUAUAAACAGUUGCAAAAGGCUGAGAGGACGCAGAAGAAAGGGGGCAUGGUGAUGUGUGCCACUGUCCUCGUCAUUCUUAUCUUCAUCCUGAUAAUCCUCCUGGUUUUGAAGAAGAUCCUUUUCUGACUUGGCCCUCUCUUUAUGGACGCCUUCCAAGUGAACACCAUUCACAUAUACUCUUGUGUGGGUAAUGGACUGUGCAGUGCCGUCGUGUUGGAAUUCGGAUAAGCUGCUGCUCAUUUGCACCAUAUGCAAUACGAUUUAGCGAUCUCAAAAGAUGGUUCAUCUGCCUGUGUUAAUAGUGGCUGGGCCAGUAGCUCCCUCCAGUCUUCCACAUUUUUUGCAGCACUGCUGAGUGUAGAGAUGUCGUAUUCAUACGGGUACCAUUUUUUUUUUCAAGUGAAGGGUUCUGUUGAUACAGUUCACACCCGCCUGCCUGUCGUGGAGCAACCAGGUCUGGUUUUGUAUGAUCUGUAUAAAGUUGUACCAUCAUCCAGUUAUUAGAAAUUGAAAAAUAGCUUCACUCU